AUGGCACGUCACGAGCAUAUCGAGAACGCCCCAUUUUUCUACCUUGUAGAAAAAGCAGCUCCCCUGCACACCGACAUUCUACGCCAUCCGACAGCUAUUUUCCCUUAUCAAAACCGUGUCCAUCUUCUUCUUCUUCUUCUCGAAGGAAUCCCACUCCGCGUAGAUGUUAAACUCUAUCCAUUCCACCACAUUCUGGGGAACCCACAAAUCUGUGGCUACAAUCAUCUCCGUUUUCUUAUAAGAUCAAAGUUCUUACCUGGUUUUCCUUCAAAAUUCUUUCUUGUAAUCAAUCACAAAGCUUCUCUAGCCGGUCUUCGAUGGAGUGCAGUGCAUCAGUUGGAGGUCUCAGCUGGAAUUUUGAGACUAAGAAGUAGAGUUAGAACAAAGCAGUCUGUACUUAAAACGACUACAACUAUCAGGGCAUUUCAAUCUCAAAAUGCUCCCCACUUUUCUUCUUCUUCUUCAUUGUAUGAUGUUCUCUGUAUCUCUCCCGACGCGAGUGAGCGUGAUAUAAAGAGCGCAUAUCGUCGGAUGGCUCUUAAAUACCAUCCUGACGUCUGCCCUCCUGCAGAGAGGGAAGAAUGUAACAGUUUGUUUCUUCAAGUCCAGGAGGCUUAUGAAACUCUAUCGGAUCCUCAGCUCCGCCAGGAUUACGACUGGAGACUGCAGAACAUGUUCACAGUAGGCGAUUACGAAGGCAGAUUAGCGAGUAGUCAUGUGUGGGAAGCUCAACUGAUGGAGUUGAUAAAGAAGAGAUCUGGUUAUAAUUCAUCAUCUUGGGGCAGCAGAAUGAGAAGACGAAAUCUAUCAUCUUGUUAAUAAUAGAUUUAUUCAUCUCGUCAUUUCUCCUUUAUUGGUUGUAAGUUGGAAUGUAUAAAGAAGUGAAUAUAGUGUCUAAUUCCACCCUAAGCUCCAUUUUCUGGGCAAGCUGUAUAUGCCGUCUGUAAAUUGUCAUCCAUCUUUGGGAAAGGAGAAACAAAUAGGUUAAUUGUCUAAUAAAUAAUAAUAAUACGC